AUGGGUGCUGCCUUGGACAGCCUUUGGCUUUGCCUCUGCGGUGCACUCGUGAUGUUUAUGCAUGCCGGCUUCGCCAUGCUUGAGACGGGGAGCUGCCGUUCUAAGAACGCAUCGAACGUGUUGAUGAAGAACUUGGUGAACGUGUGCGUGGGCACGAUCGGCUGGUGGGUCUUGGGCUAUGCCUUCGCCCUUGGGUCCGGCAGCAACCGCUUCGUGGGCACGACCGGCUUCCUUGGAGAGGGCUUCUACACCAAAGAUGCCAGCGGGAACAUCGUCCCGCUGUCUUGUGCCGGCAACGCUUGCCAAAGCACUAUGCUGAUGUGGUUCUUCCAGUGGGCAUUUUGCACAGCGGGAGCCACCAUCGUCAGCGGAGCCGUUGCUGAGCGUGUGCAGGGCCCCACCUACGCGGCCUACGCCUUCGUGAUGACCAGCUUGAUUUACCCACUGGUCGUGCAUUGGGGAUGGAGCGGCAUGGGAUUCCUCGGAGAUAUCUUGGAUGUCGGCGUCAUGGACUUCGCGGGAAGUGGCAUUGUGCACUUGACAGGUGGUGUCAGCGGUCUUGCAGGAACCGUCGUGCUUGGGCCACGGAAGGGGCGCUGGACCAGCCCGGAGGAGUUCGAGCCCCACAAUCUUCCUCUCGUUGUGUUUGGCACAUUCGCCCUGUGGUUCGGCUGGUACGGGUUCAACCCCGGUUCCACCCUCGGAAUGGGCGACGGCACCACCGGUGCCCUUGCGGCGCAGGUAGCCAUGAACACCACGCUGGCAGCCGCCACGGGUGGCAUCACCGUCUUCAUCAUUCGCUACAUCCUCCUUCGCAAGUACGAUGUGGGCGGCCUUUGCAAUGGCAUCCUUGCCGGGCUCGUGUCCAUCACGGCACCCUGCGGAAACGUCGAGUGCGGCAGCGCCUUUGCCAUCGGUCUCAUCGGGGCCUUCGUGUACCAGGGAUCUUCCAUGCUCCUCCAGAAGCUGAAGAUUGAUGAUCCUGUGGAUGCCUGUCCAGUCCAUGGCUUUUGUGGCAUCUGGGGCGUCCUGGCUGCUGGACUCUUCGACUGGGGCAAGGGAUUUGAUCACUUCCAUGGCUGGUCAGGAUUUGGCUGCAUGGCCAAUGACGACGGCAGUUGCAAGACCGACAUUAACGGCACAGCCCUGGGCGCCCAGUUCCUCCUCAUCCUCUUUGUCAUUGCUUGGGCUGGCACCAUCUCGGCCUUGGCAUUUGCCGUCCUCAAGUGGUGGGGGGCUCUGCGAAUCGCUGAGGACACUGAGGAAAUCGGGCUCGAUGCCAAGGCACACUCGCCAGCAAAGGCUUAUGCCUUUUCUGCUUAA